AUGGCUGGAGGUCCAAAACGCUUGCCUUUUACGGUUCCUCCACUUGUUUUUUCUGCACUCAAGUUGGUGAGGAGAUUGCAAGGUCAGGAUGGAGAUGUAGCUGGAGAAGAAGUUCCAGCCACCCCAAAGAAAUUAUUUCAGCUCAUGAAUCAGAUUAUCGAGGCUCUUUCAAUUGUCCCAUCACCUGAACUAGCAUUGAGACUGUACUUGCAAUGUGCUGAGAUCGAAUCGGAGACGGUCGAGGCGGUGCUGCAAUCAACAUCACCAUCGCUUCACUGCAAAUCGUCAUCGCAACAGUGGCGGCGGGGGAGGCUUGAGGCCUGGGCAGACGAUACUGAGGCGGAUGAUGGGGGUGGGUGCGACGGCGCCGGUGUGAUCGAGGAGAGAGAGGGAGAUGGAGAGAAGAGACAGUAG